UCUUAACUUGACUCCGUGGAUCAAUCCAGGAGCGCCGCUGCCGCCUUAAGCCCCCAUUUACCUGACGGUGUUAUAAGCUGAUGCAAAGAAGGACGCAUCUCUCUUCUCAGUUUUUUUCUUUCAAAGUAAACGGGAACAAUUUAAGACCGUGGUAGCCAUGGAGAACCAGCACUUUACAGGGAUGGAAUCAGCUGGAGUGCUUUUACGCAUCGCACCUCUUGGAGCGUUGAUACAGAUUAUGCUGUAGAAAAAGGGUUUUAAAAAACUGCUCAGAACAUUAGAGUAACUACGCUCUGCGUGUGGACCGUAUAUAAUGAGGUACGGAUUGGUUGUCCUUACUGCUGGGUUUACAGGUUUGCUCAGUUUUACCCUCCUCGCUGUGGCUAUUGGGACUGAUUACUGGUACAUCAUCGAUGUGAAGCAACCCAACCACACAGGUCCAGACGACCUGAGUUCACAUUCUGGACUGUGGAGAAUUAAUGAAGGCACAAACAGGAGCUCAGUCAUCCCUUCUUUCACAGCAAAUAUGUCCAGCCUGUCAGAGGCGGAUAGGCACCUUCUUGGCUUGCAUAAGGUCGUGGUCAUCAUGUUGCCCCUCAGCCUGGUCCUGCUGGUGUUUGGCUGGAUCUUUGGACUCGUCAGUUCAUUGGCCAGCAGUCCUAACUUGCUGGUUGGAUCAGCAUCCUACUUUCUCUUCUGCAGUCUUUUCACCCUGACUGGGGUCAGCAUCUACAUCAAAUACUCGAACCAGGCCAUGGAGGAGUUCCAGCGUAUCGUGUCCCCGGAGAACCUUGCCAAUGUGGAUGUUUCCUUUGGCUGGUCUUUAGCCACAGCCUGGCUCUCCUACAGCCUGGAGGUGGCCACUGGUCUGCUGCUGAUGGUAGCUGCCAGAAUAACUCAGAUUAAGGGACGCUAUGACUCUGGUGUAGCCAUCGCCAUGUUGUAGAUUGGUGUUUUUCGAUACCCAAGUGAAUCUAAAAGCCCAGAGGUUGGAUGAUAUUACUGUUGUUAUUCCUGUAUUUAUUUUUAGUACUAAAGAAAAUUUCUUUUGAAGAGUAUUGUAAUACCAUGAAGCAGGUAGCGAUCAAGACAACAAAAUGUAAAUGCGAGCUCGCUUUACAUAACUGCAACUAUGGAAACACAGAUGCUGAAGAAGUGAUGCUGUUGAACAUCUGUUUGAUCAUUGUUUUUGCUGGCUUGUUGUUAAUGCCUGCUGCCUUUCAUCCUCUCAAUAUAAUUUUCUAUCCAUUGUCCCAAUGAUGCUAUAAAUGUGGGCACACAAAUAGAAAAACAGAGGCUACCCUUUCAGAGUGUAAUUACUGCAUAGAUUAGCAGAUUCUUUUUUUCUUUGAGUGUUUAUCAGUAAUUUCAGCCUUGUUGGCAUAUUGCAGUCAGUAUUUAUGUAUAGCUAAUAACCCUUUUAUUAUGUAUACAUUUCUGUAAAGGUUUGUGGGUCACAUUUUAGGUUUUCCUUUUUGACACCUGCUUUAUCCUGUAAGGGUGUUUGGCUUACACCUACUCGACACCCAUAUGAAAUAUUUAAUUCAACUGAAAAAAUUGCAGAUUCUGCAGCAGAGAAUCACCAGGCAAUGCAGCUGUAUAGACUCUAGCAUGCUGUCAGGAAUGGUGUAGUUUCUAAUAUUAUUAUAAAAAAGCUGCUGCAUUGUUGAUCCAUGUACCAGAGUAUUGUGACUUUUAAAGAAACAUCUAAAAUAUUAGUUUGCGCCUCCUGCUUACAAACUUCACGAAAAUCCACCCUACUGGUGAAUGCAUUAUGGAAACAGGGCUAAAGAUAAGUGCACUCAUGCCAGCUGUUUUCACAGAAUAUGUGAAUGUGUUGCCUUGCAGUAGUAGUAGCUGGAUAUUGUAAUGUUGUCUGUGCUGUCAUUUCUAGAAAUGAGACUCCUCUCUACAUGUUGGGGCACAAUGAAAAUACAACACUGAACAUUUUGCAAUGCAGAAAAAUGUA